CAAGAGUCCCUCACUUUCGACGGAGAAUCUGGUGACGAUGGUGAGUCAGGCUCGGCAGAACAGGCCUUGCUCUCUGACCAGCUUCAAAAUCACGGAGUUGGUUCCGAGGCCGGAGCCGAAGGGCCGUCAGCGGCACAGCAUGUAUCGAUCUCGGAGAUCAUGUCGAAGGAUCUCACUGUCGCGCAAACAAAUGGCGAGGCAUGGACCCAUCCCGACAGCGACCCCGCCUCGCUGCCGUUUCCAGAAGACUCGCCGGCGAUGAAGGCGCUACUGAAGCUCUCCAGCCAUAGAACCGAUGAAGAUGUUACAGCCAUCUUUUGCGUGAUGCGAAGCAUCAAGGCAUUCUCGCGAAUGUCCAACUUUAUCCUCUCCGAGGUGUGUCGGGUCUUGACCCUUCAGGAGUUUGAGCCCAACCGAGCGGUGUUCAAGCAGGGAGAUCCAGCCACGUCGUGGUAUGUCAUUUUGAAAGGCUCGGUUGUCGUUGAGGUGCAAGAACCCACCGGUGAAACGAUCACUGUCAGUCGUCUUGGCCCAGGAGACGGAUUCGGUGAACUGGCUCUCGUCAAUAGCGCACCACGCUCCGCCACCAUUUUGACACAGUCCCGGUGCUUCACUGUCGCUGUCGACAAGGAGCCAUACAGUCGGAUCAUGAAGUUCAUCCACAAGAGCCAAUUGCACGAAACCGUCAUCUUCCUCCGGUCUGUGCAGAUCUUUUCAGACUGGACGAUGGUUGCGCUAAUGUCGGUGGCUUCCACAUUCAAUUUCAAGACAUACGAGCCUGGCGAAGUGAUCAUGAUGCAGAACAUGCCCAUCAAGGAAGUCUGUUUCAUCCGCAGUGGACAGUGCAUGUUGUCCAGAGUCAUCCUUACGCGUGGGCGACGAGUCAAUGUCGUCAUUGGAGAGCUGAAUCGCGGCGAGUACUUUGGAGAGGAAGCAAUCCUGGAGCAGCAGGACAAUGGUAAGGUCCUCUCUCACUACACCGUUUCCGCGCACCGCAAGUCGCCUGUCGAGAUCGGCAUGAGCACGGUGUACGACUGCGGCCACAAGUUUGGAAACGUCAUGGCAAAGGGCCGCUAUUACAUGUUUACCGACACCGAGGUCCGGCAAAAGCACGACGAGCGCAUCGCCAAUGUGAAGUGGCAGCGGAUCAAGCGAAAGGAACUCGAUUUGCUGAUGAAGGAGAAAACAGGGAAUCCGAAUGCCACGGCGUCGUCUGUGCUUGGCGAGCAAUCAAUUAACGAGAGCCGUCUGGAGCGCUGGAAAUACUAGCCUGAGUCGACUGGGCUGACGAGUCGCUGUUGCGCUCGCAGCA